CACUCAUUUUAAUCUGUCACUGGCUUUGGGUUCCCCAACACAUUCUUUUACCUUGUAUUCCAUUCUAUUACUUUACUCAACACAGCACACAAGUGAAACAUUUCCUUAAACUAUUUCACCGUUGAACACAUAGAAUAUUUUAUACUUGCAAAUUUUACACAAUGAACAACGAGUUCCGGCUGCAAAUAUCCAAACUUCUGGUUGUCCAAGAGGACUUGGACAGCCUGGGUGAGACAUUCGAGUCGGCCUACAGCCUGGAUGGGAAAAGCAUUCUGCCGCCUCUGAUGACCGACGUAAGACGACUGGAGAUGCAGCAGCUGCGCCUGCGAGCCUUAACCAAAGAGGUGAUCCUGAAGAGGAACAAGCUGAAUGACGCAGAGAAGCAGCUGAAGCGCCUGAUGCCACGCAUGGUUAACGCCUCCACUAAUACCGCACUGACUGAGAAUCCCAAUCCGAGUCCCAAUCUUGAUUCUAUUCCUAAUUCCAAUACCGUUCCCGUUUCCACUUUUCCACUACCCAUUUUCACACCUGCUCCCCUGAUUGUGAUGGGUCGCUUCCGGCAGGAACUGCAAAAAUCGGAAACCGCUGUCUAUGAUCACAGCACAAAAGAGCUAGUAGAGAUUGCUCCACCCAAGACGCUGCCCAUUUCAACGGCAACCCAAGUGAUUAUUGAGGAUGCACCGCAGCUAGCAGUGAUCCUGCCUGUGGAGUUGGGUACCAUGAAGUCCAGCUGGGUGCCCAAAACAUUCUCCAGCACUACCAUUGAUCUGAGGGAACUGACCAGCCAGGAGCGAUUGCCUGAGCGACCAGAGGUCUUUCCCAGCUCCAACCAGAUCCCUGAAGCUUCUCCUAAGACUCCUGAACGUAAGUUUCGCAGCCAGAUACCCGUAUGGCGCCAUCGAGCAACGGUCCUGCCCACGGUUCAGCCUCCGGAGGUUACUAUAACGGCGUCAGGACAUGGCUCCCUUCAAGAGCGGAACAGCAUGAAGUCCGAUAAUGCCAAUGAGAGGCGACGCAGCUAUGGGGCCAAGGUGGCCUUAAAGCGCAAUGAAAUGACCAGGAAACGCGAGGAGCUAGCUAAAUUAAAGCCACCACCAAGGACUACUAACUGCCAAGUCCCAAAGAGCAUCAGGACUCCCAUUAGACGAGUGGAAGUAGGGGAGUCUAUGGUAGAGCAGCAGCGUUUUCGGGUUCAGGAAUCGCCAAGGACUGAUAACAAUAAUAACCAAGUUCCUAAAAGUAUCAGAACUCCCAUCAGGCGUGUGGAAGUAGGAGAAUCUGCACUCGAGCAGCAACGUCUUCAAGUCCAGGAAUCGCCGAAGACUGACAAUAGUAACCAAGUAAUCAAAAGUAUCAGGACUCCCAUCAGGCGUGUUGAAAUGGUUUUUGAGAAGCCAGAGGUGGAACAGGAGAAUACCUUUCAAUCCCUUGAUCAGCAGCCAAUAUCGACGAACACUUACAACAAUCAAGUCCCAAAGAGCAUUAGGACACCCAUCAGGCGCGCGGAAGGAGGGGAGUCCAAGCUCGAGCAGCAGCGUCUCCAAAUCCAGGAAUUGUUGCGGACCAAUAACAACAAUGACCAUGAACCUAAAAGCAAUAGGACUCCCAUUAGACGAGUGGAAGCCGAAGAAUCUACGCUUGAGCAGCAGCAUCUCCAAAUCCAAGAAUCGCCAGAGACUGAUAAUAACAAUAACCACGUUUCCAAAAGCAUUAGAACUCCCUUUAGGCGCGUUGAAGUAGUGGAAUCUUCACUCGAGCAGCAGCGUCUCCAAAUCCAGGAAACGCCAAAGACUGAUGAAAAUAAUAGCAAAGUUCCCAAAAGUAUAAGGACCCUCAUUAGGCGUGUGAAAAUGGGUUUCGAAAAGUCGGAGAAGGAACAGCAGGAGAGUCUCUGCCAAUCACUUGAUCUCCAGCAGACUUUCAACAAUCAAGUUUCCAAGAGCCUCAGGAUACCCAUUAGCCGCGUAGACGGAGGAGAAUCCCAGCACGAUAAGCCUCUCCAAAUCCAAGAAUCGCCAGUGACUGAUAAUAACAAUAACCAAAUCAAAAGCAUCAGGACUCCCAUCAGGCGCAUGGCAGCUGGAAUCGAUGAGCCAGAGCUGCUGAAGCAGAUGCAUCUCUUCCAGUCGCUGACCUCCCGCCAGAAGGCCGAACAGCAACGCCUCCAAGACCAAUUGGAGCAACAGCAGCAGGGACUGAUCGACCAGUUGGUCGGUCAACUAGCCCCCAGUGACAGUCAGGACACACCCAGCGAGGUAGUGGUGGAUCCAGCGGAUCAGUAGCCGAUCCGCCUGCCCGAUUCCCACCGUCAAAUCAAAAAUUCACCGUCGUUCAUCGGGAAGUCAGAAAUCAAACUCGGGGGACACAUGAUAUUCAAUGGACCGACCAGGAUUUUAAAUUUGUACACAGGAUAAAAUUUUGAAUUCUGGGUCGGUCAGUGUUUUCAGUUUCGCCUACAUUUUGGCACUAAUCUCUGUAAAUAAAUAUGAUAAGUUUGGAAA